AUGGCAAUGGAGGGUAUUGACAAGGAUGAGAACAGAAAGCGCCGAAGAAAGAUGUCAAGAAAGCUUGAAGUGGAUGCAAAAGUAGAGGUGAGGAGUAUGGAUAUUGGGUUUCAAGGAUCAUGGCACCCUGGGACAGUUACUCUGUGUGAGGAUUUGCAACGACAUGUCAGAUAUAAAAAUAGUUUGGUUGUUGACAAUGAGGUUGAUUAUCUUGAGGAGGUAGUGAUUGUUUCAAAAACUUUGGAUGGUUAUAUUGAAUCUACAAACUGCUAUGCACGCGGGUCCAUUAGGCCAUUGCCUCCUUUGGUUGAGUUUGAUAGGGGGGACCUUAUAUUUGGUUUGUGUGUUGAUGUGAAGUACCAGGAAUCUUGGUGGGAAGGUGUAAUAUUUGACCACUGUGAUGGAAUGGACAUGAGGUGUGUGUUUUUCCCUGAUUUGGGUGAUGAAAUGUUGGUUGGAAUUCAUCAGUUGCGGAUCACUCAGGACUGGAAUGAAAUCACCGAGGAGUGGACCCGGCGAGGGAACUGGGUGUUUCUUGAUUUGGUUGAAGAGCAGAAGAGGAAAUUGUUUGUCUCAGUUUCGGUUAAGCAGAUUUGGUAUGAUAUACGCAUAAAAGAGAAAUUUGAGGCGAUUAGAGAGUGGACAUGUAAUUUUAAGUACUUGUGGACAGACUUGAUAAUGGAGGUAAUUAAUCAUUACUUAUCUCCUACAGUAAAGGAAAAUUCCUCUGUCCUAAACCUUCCAGGGAGUUUAUUAAAUGAAGCACCACAGCAGGAAUUUGCUGAAGGUAUGGUUAAUGUUGACAUGAACAUGAUUUGGCCUGAUGAGGAAACUGUUGUGCAGAAAAAACAUGUCCCUCCUGUUAAAGAGACCUUACCCGAAUUUCAAAAUGAAAUUAGUCCCUGUAAUGAUAGGCCUUUUGAAGAAAGUGUAGAAGAAAGAUCCUCAAGUCAUUUAAGGUCCACUUAUUGGAAACCUGUGAAGUUUUCUAAGGUUGAGUUAUGCCCUGAUGCAGUUGGGGAAUAUCCACUUGCUUCUAAACGCGAUGUCAAGGCAUUUUGGAUGGAUAAGUUACAAAAACAUCUUGUAUGUAUUGGAUGGAAAAUCGAAUGGUCGAAUAGAUUAAAUGUUAAACGUUACAAGUAUAUUUCCCCUCCUAGGCAGGGCCAAAAGUUUUACCUUUCACUCCUUGAAGUCUGUAAAGCUAUGAAACAGGACCCCAGCAUGAACUCCUUGCAUCUCCAAAAUGACCGGAGUAUAAUGCAUCCUACGGUUGACUGUCAUCUUUCAGAUGUCCCUGCAAAUCCAGUACAAAAUAUUCAGAACCCGCAUAUCUUUCCUCCUCCAUCUUCUUCAGUUGAAGAUGCACCUGAUUGUUGUCCUGGGGCUGUCGUGCAGUAUUAUUGGAAACCUGUGAAGUUUUCUGAGGUUGAAUUAUGCCCUGAUGCUGUUCGGGAAUAUCCACUUGCUUCUAAACGCGAUGUCAGGGCAUUUUGGAUGGACAAAUUACAAAAACAUCUUGUAUGUAUUGGAUGGAAAAUUGAGUGGUCAAAUAGAUUCAAUGUUAAACGUUACAAGUAUAUUGCCCCUCAUAGGCAGGGCCAAAAGUCCUACCUUUCACUCCUUGAAGUCUGUAAAGCUAUGAAACAAGACUCCAGCUUCAACUCCUUGCAUCUCCAAAAUGACCGGAGUAUAAUGCAUCCUACGGUUGAUUGUCAUCUUUCAGACGUGCCUGCUAAUCCAGCAGAAAAAAUUCAGAAUCCAGAUACCUUUCCUCCAGUUGAAUGUACACCUGAUUAUUGUCCUGGGGCUGUUGUGCAGUACUAUCGCUUAUAUAUAUCCAAUAAGAGCCGGGCUGAAAAAAGAGAAUGGAUUCUAAAGGCAAAGAAGCAUCUAUUAGCAGAAGGAUGGGUUUUUGACUAUCCACCUCCACUAAAUAAGAGAAGGGGAAUAAUAUACAUGUCUCCGAAAAAUCGGAAAUUCUCAACACUCCAUGCAGCUUGCAAAUUUUGUAUUGAAGAAAGUAUUCCUAAUAGGAACCUUGAAUUGCAGUCGAUGGAUGAAGGUGCUUCUAGUUGUAAAUCUAAUCAAAAGAAGAAAAGAGAGAGGUAUUUAAAGGCUAACAUACCUAAGUGCCAAAGCAAGGGAUUACCUCAACAGGUGCUAAGGUCAAAUAAGAGGGUGCAAAAGGUGUCUGGCCCUGCUAAUUUACAGCAUAAGCCUCUAAAUAUUCCGUCUUAUUUGAUAGACAACAACAACAUCUUACCAAGGUCUAAGGUUUAUUAUAAAACAAAAGGCAGACACAGCAUAGUCCGUACUUUGGCCGAGGGGAAAAUAACUCACGACGGAAUCAAGUGUAACUGUUGCCUUGCAUUAUACAGUUUUGCUGGAUUUGAAAACCAUGCUAGUGGCCUCAGUACCUGCAAACCCUCUGCUAGUAUCUUUUUGCAAGAUGGUAAAUCACUCUUGGAUUGCCAGAUACAAAUGAUGCAAGAUCACAGGAAAUGGGAAGCUAGUGGAAAAUCAUUAAACGAUAUAGCUGAGAAUGACUACAUUUGUUCAGUAUGCCACUAUGGUGGUGAGCUUAUUUUAUGUGAUAAAUGUCCAUCCUCAUUCCAUAAGACGUGUCUUGGUUUGGAGGAUAUCCCCGAAGGUGACUGGUUUUGUCCAUCAUGUCGAUGUGGGAUUUGUGGCCAAAGGAAAAUUGAUGGAAAUGAGGUUGAACAUUUCCUUUCUUGCGUACAAUGUGAACAUAAAUAUCAUGUUAGGUGCCUCAAACAGGGAGCUGCAGAUACAUCAAGCAAUAAUGGAAACUGGUUCUGUGGAAAAGGCUGCGAAAAGGUAUAUGAGGGCCUUCAUAAAUUAUUAGGAGAGCCAGUUCCAGUGGCUAACAAUCUAACUUGGACAUUGGUGAAGUUUAUCGACCCCAACAGUUCUGAUCUUGGUAAUGUUGAGACUGACUUAAUGGCAGAAAGUUACAGCAAACUCAAUCUUGCUCUUUCGUUAAUGCAUGAAUGUUUUGAGCCCCUGAAGGAAUCCUUGACUAGCAGAGAUCUAGUGGAAGAUGUUAUAUUCAGCAGAUGGUCAGAGCUUAAUCGAAUAAAUUGCCAGGGUUUCUAUACUGUUCUACUUGAGAGAAACGAAGAACUGAUUAGUGUGGCAACUGUUAGGGUUCAUGGGAAGAAGGUAGCUGAAAUACCUCUUGUUGGUACCAGAUUACAAUAUCGUCGACAUGGAAUGUGUCGCAUUGUAAUAGAUGAGCUUGAAAAGAAACUCAUGCAAUUAGAUGUGGAGAGGCUGAUUUUGCCAGCGGUUCCUAGCGUGCUAGAGACAUGGACAGGCUCUUUUGGCUUUGCAGAGAUGACUAAUUCUGAGAGAUCUCAGUUUCUUGACUAUACUUUCCUAGAUUUUGAGGGUACCAUCAUGUGCCAAAAGUUGUUGAUUAACAUUGGAUCUUCAGAUUCAGUUUGUUAA